AUGAACUCAACUGAUUUUGUCACCACAGAGGGUGUUAAAUCUAAUGGCUUUUCAAUUGCUGAAUAUUUGCAAAGCUAUUUUCCUCAAUUAGAUGGUACGCACUUUGAAGUUUUCCAUUUACAAUCACCUUCCUCGGAAGUUGAAUCUUUAUAUUAUAAUGUUGGUGACCUUAAUGAUAAUGCCACUCAGGACACCGUUGUUAAAGCUGAGCAUUUUAUUGCCGUGAGCUGCAACAAAAAAAUUUUUUUUGCUAUUGAUAUUUUAAUUUAUCUACUUAUUAAAGUUGCCAACUCUAAUCCUUCUAAAAGUGGAAACGUCUGUUCUGAAGAAGUUAUUGUGGAAUUGGAAAGACAUCUCUUUAUCUCUAAGGCAGAUACAAAUGGUUAUUGUGAUAUAAAAUUAAGUACGAAGAAUAUUACUCGAGGUAUCCUAAAUUUUUUGCUUGAUAUAGAAGUUCAACACUAUUUAAAAAAUGUUAUCCGCUUGAGGAAAAACAAUUACGCUGGUUAUGAUAAAAAUAAUUUCAUUACUAAAAAUACAAGUACUAAACAGGCAUUACAGAUUUUGGCACAAAGGUUAGACAAUAGAAAAGAUCUAUGCCCAGAAACAGCUUCAAAAGUGUCGCCUCCAUUUACAACUAAUUAUGUGCUGGCAAAUGGCAUUCAAAACAAGAUUAUGACAAAAAUAUCUUUAUUUACGAGACCUGAGCCACAAUACUUAUUUUCUGAGUCAUCUAAAAACCGUAAUAAACACAUUUUAUCGGGAGACCAACUAUUGCAUUGGUGGUUAUCAAUAAUCGAUUCUUUAUUGGAUAAUUUCGAAACGAGUGGUAGUUUUAGCGGUGAUAACACCAUUAAAGCUAAAGUUAAAAUUCCUGGGGAGGAUGAUUCUAUGAUUUAUAAACGUUAUAUUUGUAAAUUAAAACACAGAGAUAUCUGGGAGGUCGGUACAAUAUAUGGGGACAAAAAUGAUUUGUCACAUAUGGUUAUUCCAUUGUUUCCCGAUGAUCCCAAAACCAGAUUCAUCAGAUCAAACAUUGAGGAAGGAAGAGAUGGCUUAAAGUUAAAGGCUUUUUGGAACGAAUUACAGGGAAGGCAGGAGUUUAACUUGGGUAUUGUAGUUGGUGUAAUAGGUGUAAGUGGUUUAUGGAAGAAAAAAUUAAGUGAGGAUACCUUAACCGACUAUUCAAUAUACAUACCACCAACAAAAAAAAAAUUUAAGAAUCUCAAAAGAUAUGUUAUUGGAGAAGAAUAUGACACGGCAGAAGGUGCAUUAGACUCAUAUUCUAAUUUAAGUGAGUAUUAUAGGAAGUUAAGCCUGAAUCCCAUUUCAAUUAUUGGUACGUAUAAAUAUUCUGCUGAAAAGGUAUACGAUGGCAGUAGUAUAGUAAAUCCUGUUGUAAUAAACAAUCUUAACUCGUUGGUCGUCCAUAGAAAAAAGAGAUGA